AUGUCGGAUGCCCUGCCUUCCGGCCAGCCUCUUCAGCCAGGGAGUCCCAUUGAAGCUGACAUUAAAGAACACUCCUUGCCGGUGACCUCCCCCGAGUCGGCUGACGGAGAUGGUCUUGGUCAUUCCAUGAAGCCAUGGGAGAUCCACCUGGCCUUUGCUAGUCUCGCCACUGGAGGAUUCCUGGCUGCAUUGGAUCAGACCAUCACGUCGACAUCGAUGCCUACUAUCGCGUCGGAAUUCCAUUCUCUCAACGAGCAGAGCUGGAUCGCGACGUCGUAUCUGAUUACUUCUACGGUGUUUCAGCCCUUCUUCGGGCGGGCGUCUGAUCUCUGGGGUUGCAAAGCCACGCUUAUCACUGCUAUACUCCUAUUCGAAUUCGGGUCACUGAUGACCGCGACUGCACAAAAUUAUGUAUGGCUAUGCUGUGCCAGGGCUGUCGCCGGCAUUGGCGGGGCCGGGUUACUGGUUGUCAUUAUGAUAAUGAUCAGCCAAAUGGUUCCAAUCAGAGAACGAGGCCGAUACAUGGGCGUGAUGUACGCUCGACUCGCUCUCGCAAAUGUACUUGGACCGGUGCUUGGUGGUAUUUUCACCCACGACGUGUCCUGGCGCUGGUGCUUCUAUAUAAACCUGCCCAUCGGUGGUCUUGCAAUCGUCAUUAUCCUCUCUCUGUUCAACAAAAUGCCUGACCAAAAGAAGAAGAAAGUGACCCUCGCUGACAUCGAUUUUGGAGGGAUCGUAAUCCUGUCGGUUUCUGUCGUGCUUCUCCUCCUUGCCCUCGCCUGGGGAGGCGUCAUCUAUCCUUGGAGCAGCCGCCAAGUCAUCGCUCUCCUCGUAGUCGGAGGUGCACUGAUUCCUGUAUUUGUGGUUUACGAGAUGCGGGUGCCGAGUACUCCUAUCAUUCCCCUCACAAUGUUCCGGCAUCGGAAUGUCGUGAUGGCGACUACCAACUACUUCUUCACAAACAUGGUAGUAUACGGCCUUGCUGCAUAUAUCCCAACGUACUUCCAGCUCGUGAAAGGGGACACCCAGCUCGUUUCUGGCCUCGAACUGCUGCCAUACAUCCUCCCGUUAUCCAUUUCCUCGGUGGUAGUUGGAAUACUCAUACAGAAGACGGGCUGGGUCCGACCUUGGCUCUGGGCCGGAGGUAUAGUUAAUCUUCUGGGCUCCGGGCUUUGCAUCCUCAUCAACCAGAGGACGCCUCGUGGACCGGAAUUCGCCUUCCUGAUCAUAGCUGGCGUGGGCAUGGGCUUCGUCUUCCAAACUAACACGGUGGCUGCUCAGAGUCAGGCCGAAAGCGGCGAGCUCGCCAGCAUCACGACCAUGACUAUGUGGAGCAAGAGUCUGGGCGGGAUCGUGGGCAUCUCAGUCCAGGGUAGUAUCAUACAGAACGUCCUAAACAGCCAUAUCCUUGGCAAUCCGGUGUCUGCUCCUUACAUCCAAGCGUCCGAGUCCGUCACUCUGCUACGGCAGGCUCCAGUGCAGGUCCAGGCAAUCGUGCGCAUGGCAUACGGGGAGGCAUUCUCCUCGAUGAUGAUCGCUACGACUGCCCUCGUCGCAAUGGGAUUUUUGUCGUCGCUGUUCGCCGGUCCUGUACCUCUGGGGAAGAAGAGCAAGCGGGGUGAUAAUGGCACAAGAUCCGACGACAUAGAGCUGGGGAAUGCAGCGCAGGAGAAAGUUCGGGCUGCCAAGACUGGAUAG